GUUAAGAAGGAGCUCGGAAGUGACGCUAACCUUACCGGCGGAGGGGUGAUAGAGACAGAAAGAUCGACACAGGCGUAAGGACAGACGGCUGGUUAACUUCUGCAGAGCAACAGAGGCCCUUCUGCGGGGAGAGGAAGAGGCCGCGUCCAAACUGUGAGCAGUGGCCGGCGGGCGAGCCUCUGGAGGAGCCUGUGACCUGAUCUACCUCUUCCAGCUCCCAGCUUUCUGUAAUGUGAGCCUUUGCUGGCAUCUUGCGGGAGAGCGAGAGAUCGAGAAAAAGAAGGGAAGAAAUCUCCGCACAUGAGAGAGGAGGCUACGGCGAAGGAGAAGCGGACUUGUGAGACCCGCCGUCACGUCAAUUAGUUUUUUUUGGGGGGGGUUUUUUUUUUUUUGUUUUGGGGUGCUUUUUUCGUUGUUUUCUCUUGUAAGUGCGGAGCCCGCGGACUCUUGCGGGGGGGGGGCCUCGACGUUUACUGUAGCCGCUCUCCGCGGAGGAGGAAAAGGCGUUCGAACGUCGGCGGCGAGAACGAAGCAGAGAUCCUCAGAGGCGUAGUUAAAGAAGUGGGGCGCCCGUCCGUGACUUCCUCUGGGUCUGCACGUCAGAGUUCAGCAUGGCCAAAAAAAGCAGUCAGAAGGACACUUCAGGGGUGGUGUUCGACACCCACUCCAAGAUGGUGAUGUCGCAGGGAGGCACCUACGAGAGAAUGAAGGAGAAGAUCAACGCUGUCCGAGCGGUGGUUCCCAACAAAAGCAACAACGAGAUCGUCCUGGUGCUGCAGCAUUUCGAGAACUGCGUGGACCGCGCUGUGCAAGCCUUCGUAGAAGGCAGCGCUGCUGAAAUCUUGAAGGAGUGGAAUGUCACUGGUAAAAAGAAGCCGAAGAAGAAAAAGAAGCCCAAGCCUCCGCCAGAAACCCCGGCCGAGCCGGACCAGGCCGAACCCGACCAGGCCGAGCCCGCGCCCCCGUCUGACGCCAAGGACGCCGUCAACGGUUUCCACGCCAACGGCUCGGUGCUGGACGGCGACUCGUUGGACUCCCUGAGCGAGCAGCUGGAUUCGGCGUCCCUAGACACGGCCGAGCUAGACUCAGAGCCCGCCACGCCCGAGCUCUCAGACGCCACCUCAGGUGCGGAGGCGGAGCCCAAACCCGGUGGCCAGAGGCAGGUGUCACAGCCCGGCCAUGGAGGGCGGAGUCAGCAGGGCCCGCGGGGCAGCAAGGCACGGUCCCGGGCCACGUCUGGCGCCCAGCAAACACCCGGUCUCUCCUUGCUAAUCCCCGAUGACAGCCAGCACGGGCCGGCCGGCAGAAAGAUCGCGCCCAACAUCGACCGGUCUGUGAAGGACCUGCAGCGCUGCACGGCGUCCCUCACGCGCUACAGGGUGGUGGUGAAGGACGAGAUGGACUCCUCCAUCAAGCGGAUGAAGCAGACCUUUGCAGAGCUGCAGAGCUGUCUAAUGGACCGAGAGGUGGCCCUGUUGGCGGAAAUGGACAAAGUUAAAGCGGAGGCCAUGGCCAUACUGGACGGCCGUCAGAAGAAGGCGGAGGAGCUUCGCAGGCUGACCGACCAAUCGGCCUCCAUGUCCGAGGAGCAGCUGAGCGAGCUCCGCGCAGACAUCAAGCACUUUGUGAGCGAACGCAAGUAUGACGAGGACUUGGGGAGGGCUGUCAAGUUCACCUACGAGCUGGAGCCGCUCAAGAUGGCCAUCAUGGGAUUUGGGCAAGUGUACCACCCUCAGACGGGGUAUUCUAGUCGCUCCCGUUGCAGCUCCGCCUCCUCCUCCAUCACCGGCCCCAGCGUCCUGGAGGGACAGCCCCAGGCCCCGCCCCCGGCCCAGGCCCUGCCCCCGCCUCAGACUCAGCCCCCGCCCCAGCCUCAGGCCUCCGGAUACGGGGGCCGCCCCGCCCAGCUGCACAGACAGGUUCGCUCACACGGCCUCGCCUCAUGUGGGACUCGGAGCCCCUCCCUGUGCAACAGCCUCUUUCUCAGUUUAUUGCUGUGCGGAUCAUUUUUAACUCCUUUCCUUGUGUCGUUCUGUUUUGUAAUGCCCACCUCCCAGGGUUAUCAAGGCAACCACCGUUCAGGUCCGAGCUACCAGCCCGGAGGCCACCGGUAUAACGGCGGCCCGCACCACGACAGGAACCCCAACCGGACCGGCUACCGCUACCAAGGCAACCGCGGGCAAGGGGCGGCCGCCAGCGCCACCUCCCCCGCCUCCCCACAGUGCUCCGUCACCACAAACGGCUCCGCCCAGUCCAAUCCGCUCUCGCCCCGCCAGGACCGCCCCACCACCAACGGGCUGCCCCAGAGACCCCCGCGGACGCACUGCCCCUGACACCUGCCCCGCCCUGCCCUGCCCCAUCCCCCCCGUCCCCAACCCACUCCCACGAUACCGCGAUGAAGAAUAGAACUGAAGUUUACAUCCUCUCAUUUAUUGAGCUGUAGUGCCACUUUUAGGUAACCCCCCCCCUCCUUCCCUCCAGUUUAAAAUAAAACGACCAAUAUCUCGCCCCUCAUUCCACUCUCCUCCUUCCCUCAUAUUUUCCUCUACAAAAGCACUCUAUCUCUCUCACUUUCUCGCUGUCUGUAGCCUGUUCUCCUUCCUGUUGGGUGACCAUUGUACUUCCCGGGUUCUGUCCUAUCCAGAGACAGACACUGUCACCGGCCCCAGUAAUAGACAGAGAUUACCUCUUUUGGACUAUGGAGAAGUCGGUGUUUUCUUUUUUGUUUUUUUUUUUCCUCUGGUCAUUUCAGUACCAAGGCUGUCAGACCAUUAUUCUGAGUCUUAAUCUGUAUGCAGUUGAUGCUUGCCCUGACUGUUCAUGAGCGGCUUUUGAUUCAUUUCUACCUUUUAGCUUUAAUUUGAUUACUUUGUUUCCUUUUGAAAACUGUGCUUUACCCUGUGCUUUUCUAUGUCUUCAACCCUUCUGACUUUUGAUUGGCUGGGGCUUGCGGUUCCUCGUGGCUGGCACAAGUGGACGAGGUCAGCCCAGGUGUUUCUUUUCAUGGUAAUGUUUUCCUCCGCCUUGCACAUGGAUCGAGGUAACUGACAGAUGCACUGGACUGCCGUGUUCUAAAAUUGUUUUUUUUUUUCCUUUUUUUUUUUUUUUUUUGAGGCGAUAACGAAUCUCUCUAGCACGGCACCCUUGCAUCCUUUUCACCACAAGUCAAGAGAUCAAAGACACCAGAACACCCACUCUUUUUUUUGGGCCUGAACUUUGACCUCUCCUUGCAUCCAUUGUCAUAACGGAAGAAUGUUAAAUUCAAGCUCGGCCUAGAUUUCUGCACACCCGGUCACGACGUUUCAUAUUCUGCUAAACGGAGGCAGAAUCCACACUGUUACUGUAUGACUUUUUUUUUUUUUUUUUAGUGUUGCAUAAGAUCACAAAACAACCUCAUCUUUCGCCUUCGGAAAACGCCUCUGGACACAGGAGUAGGUAAUGGGAACUGGUUUCCUUUUUCAUAUGUUCACUGGCCACUUGAUCAUAUCUAGGUGAAGCAACAAACUGCAUUAGAUGUUUGAAAGUCGGAGGCCUGUGAAUUCUUCGUAAAAGACUUUAGUGUCAGUUUAUAGUGCUUACUGUGGCUGUAACGCUUUGAACAAACUUUUUUCAGAGGUGCUAAGGCAACGAUCAUGACUCUUUCUUGAUAAAGCAUGUCUUCAAUAAGUCAUAACUGGUGAAUAAUUGCUGGAGAUAUACCUCAUUGUAGAUGUAUCACACCACCUGGUAGCAUGUGUCUCUGUGAUUUGCUAUUCUGAUGUUUGGGGACCAAGGUGUGUCGUGAGCAGUUGUGGGAAAUCUUGCUUUGGAUGCCUGGAAGUUAACCAAAGGUAGCGCAAUUUGUUAACAGAUAUCAUGUUAAGGAAAAGCGAUCCAAAGUGUUUGCCUUGGUAAGGCUCGUCCCUUUCUGUUCCAGUGGUGGUAGUAAAUGAAAUGAAUUUAGGAUGUACCUGGUAACUGAAGAAGUCCUGGCUGUAACUGUAGAUUGCAAACAGCGCUACACAAAUUUGAUCAGAUCCUGGCAGCAGGAUGCAGUCUAUGUAGCGGUCAGAAGGAACACAUAUGGUCAGAAGAAAAACAAAAAAAGGGGUCCAGACGCCUUUUGUUUUGUAAACCGCACAGAUCUGAGUCUUUAGUUCAACAAGGUCCUGGUUUGAACACCAUUAAGAUACACAUAUUCAUAAGGGAAUUGUGUGGGGAGCGAUAGGUCUGGGAACAGAGUGGACUCCUGUUGGCUUGUAUUGGGCUGUCACAUCUGAUGGAAGAUCCACAUAUACUGUAUACAUUCUCAGGCAAUAUAAUGUGUAAUGGCCGAGCAUCUAAAUGCUGCCUUCAAGACUUUGGUUCACCAUGUCCUCCUCUUCUGGUCUGCACUGGCAAUAUGGCCUUAUCUCUACUUCCCACACCGCUAGCAUCUCCUGUCACUGAAGAGACUUCAAACAGUGUGGGGGUGAGGUAAAGCUGCUCUGCCAAAUUUUCACUUGGCUUUGCUUUGCUGUCCCCCCC